GCAGUUGGUUCACUCCAGUGUGUCUGAGAGCUGCGAGUGCUAUGUGGGGCUGUUAUUUAGGUCUGUUACAACACGCUAGGAACAGCUCACCCCGAGCAGGCAGCACCGCAGAUCAGCCGGAGAGAGGGAAAGAGAAACAAGCAGCGUGAGAGAGCGAGAAGGAAACGCUUACAAGAGCAAUAGCAGCAGGAUCAGGCAGCACGUAUAUCCUGACUAGAGGAAUUCCAGCAGGGAAUUUAGCACUGUCGUAGCUGCGGGUGUUGUUAUUGUUGUUUUUGGUGACGAGAGGCAAUCGGAGGCGGGUGGGCGACCGGGACGCAGCAUGUUCGACUGUAUGGAGGCUCUGGGCAUGGGUCCCCGCCAACUGUACGAUGUCACCAACCGAGGAGCAUGCAUGCUUCGGAAGGCGAGUCCUUUCUAUGCUGGACUGGACCCUUUUGCUUGGACCGGGACAGCCAGCGUACGCUCGGUGGAGACUCAGAGCACCAGUUCGGAGGAGAUGGUGCCCAGUUCCCCUUCCCCGCCACCUCCACCGCGUGUUUACAAACCCUGCUUCGUCUGCCAGGACAAGUCUUCUGGGUACCACUAUGGUGUCAGUUCUUGCGAGGGCUGCAAGGGUUUCUUCCGUCGCAGUAUUCAGAAGAACAUGGUGUACACCUGCCACCGUGACAAGAACUGCCAGAUCAACAAGGUCACUCGCAACCGUUGCCAGUACUGCCGGCUGCAGAAGUGCUUCGAGGUUGGCAUGUCCAAGGAAGAAGGGAAUAAGCCAAAAGAAACUGUGCGCAAUGAUCGAAAUAAGAAGAAGAAAGACGUGAAGGAUGAGGUCGUUCCGCCAGAGAGCUAUGAGCUGAGUGGGGAACUGGAGGAGCUGGUCAACAAAGUGAGCAAAGCACAUCAAGAGACCUUCCCUUCACUCUGCCAGCUGGGAAAAUACACCACAAACUCCAGCUCGGACCACAGGAUUCAGCUAGACCUGGGCCUAUGGGACAAAUUCAGCGAGCUUUCCACCAAGUGCAUCAUUAAAAUUGUGGAAUUUGCCAAACGCCUCCCGGGCUUCACCACCCUCACCAUCGCAGAUCAGAUCACCCUUCUCAAAUCUGCCUGCUUGGACAUUCUAAUGCUGCGAAUCUGUACACGAUACACACCGGAGCAGGACACAAUGACCUUUUCGGAUGGACUGACCCUCAACCGGACUCAGAUGCAUAAUGCAGGCUUCGGACCGCUCACUGACCUAGUGUUUGCCUUCGCUGGUCAGCUUCUGCCUCUUGAGAUGGAUGAUACGGAGACUGGCCUCCUUAGUGCCAUCUGCCUCAUAUGCGGAGACCGAAUGGAUCUUGAGGAGCCUGAGCGUGUCGAUCGUCUGCAGGAGCCCCUGCUGGAAGCUCUGAAGAUUUAUGCACGACGCCGCCGACCCAACAAACCUCACAUGUUCCCUCGCAUGCUGAUGAAGAUCACUGAUCUGCGUGGGAUCAGCACCAAGGGAGCGGAGAGGGCCAUAACUCUAAAGAUGGAGAUCCCGGGCCCCAUGCCUCCUCUCAUCCGAGAGAUGCUGGAAAACCCUGAAGCCUUCGAGGAUCAGAGCGAGUCCACAGAGAAGAAGCCGGAGCCCGAACCACCAGCUCCUCCUCCACCCGCCUUGCUCACUAUGAAGAAAGAGCAGGAAGAUGAAGACGACAGCUGGGCCACGGAGAACGGCAGCGAGCCUUCACCAGAAGAGGAGGAUGACGAUGAUGAUGACGGAGAGGAGGAGAGGGGUACAGACAGCGAUGGAGAGGCCUGGGGCGGACAGGAACCCAAUGCGGAUGUGUCUAGAAAGAGCCACGGAGGAAGAGCUCAGUGAGCAAGCUUCUUCUUCCGGGGCAAACGCAGAGCCUUACCUGUACAGACAGACAGUGCUAACUCAGGCCACUCGGUCAACGAUGAGAGACAUCAGUGAGGAAACUCACGUAAAAAAAAAAACCUCUUCUCAGGACCUCUCCCGCAGAAAGAGAGGGAAGGCGAAAGACAAAACAACUGGCUUUUCAGACUAAAUAACUGCCGCUUUUAUAAAACGUGUUUGUUUGCUUUGAAAAGGAGAAGCCAAAUGGACUUUUAACAGCAACUUUCAACGGGUUCAAACAAAAAAAACAAACAAACAAAAAAAAAAACGUUCUUUCAAAAGAAAAUACAGGAUGAAAACUGAAAAUGCUAAUCUUUUUUUCUGUCGUCGUUGAUGCUUUCGAAUAUCAUUUGGACUUUUUCAGCCUUGAGAUAGUUUGUUCACUUUACAUUUUAUGAAUAAGCCCAUACAUAUCUAUAUAUACCUUUAUAUAUUUUUGUCCUGUAUUCUAUUUUCUUAGUUAUAUUUUGUUUGCAUAGCUUUCCUGAGCAGAACGAUAAUGGGAUCGCUAGAACUGGCAGACCUCUGCUGAGUCUUUAUCCAGCUGCUUGGUUGGGUUCUUGGGCACUUUGGCUCAGCGUUAGAUGUCAUUGAUAAUCAGUGGCUGGGUAUCUCCCGUCGAACGAUCCGUGUUUUUUUAGGGGAAUGCCAUUACGUAUCGGCUUUCAUUGCAUCAUAUGAUUCGCUGCCAAUUGAAUGGUGUGUCUGUGCCAAAGUUUGCAGCUUGUAGGGUUCAACUCCUGUCAGGGAGCCCAGCUCCAAACACAAACACCCACAUGUCCAUUACCUUUGAGUCUCCGCAUCAUGCACAUGAUGUCAUCAUGCUGGACCGCUUUCCUUCAGAGCGCUCAGGCAGAAGAUAUGCAGCACUCAAAUUCAGAAACAGAGAGAGAGCCCAGUGCUGUGCGAAUCAUCGUGGGAUUUGACCUCAUCAGCCUAGACCAUACUUCAGGACGACUAAACAAAUGCAUAUGGACGGUUACUGAAUCUCUUGUAUAAUGAUGAAAUACAAGACCUCAUCAUACCUGUAGUAACACACAAACAUACACGCAUACACACACACACACACACACACACUUGAAAAGCAUGCUUGUUAUACUACAUAUAUUCAGAAUUCUUGCUAUAAAAAAGAAAGAAAGAACAUGAAAUCAGACUCAGGGCAUCUCUGUAAGGACCAAACGCUUGCUGUCUGGCGGCAGCCUAGAAACGGGCAAUAUUUAUGUGUGUUGCGUUUUAGAAAUCCCGCCAUGGACUGAAAUCAAUCUGCGGAUCUUACACAGUCAGUGCAGAAUGUUCAGCUUAGAUGCUAUAGAUUUGGUGGGAUUUUUUGUUUUUGGAAUUUUAUCAAAUAUUUUAAUCCAAUUUAUUGCCAAAAACACACAGUAUGCAAUCUGGUGGUCGUGUGCCACUGAACGUUAAAGGAUAUCAGUCUCAGUCAAGCAAUACGACUAUGACCACAACUCAGCUGUGUGUGAGUGUGUGUGUGCGUGAGUGCGUGUGUGUGUCGAAUGUGAGGAUGGCUGCACUCAAUAAGCUGUAGUGUAGUACAUUGUUAAUUGAAUGUCAUCACUGUGGUGCUGUCAGAGAGUGUGUGAGCUGUCAUACUGACCUCUUCUCCUUCAGAGUUUCGCCACAGCCACACGUAUAGCAAGCGGAAUGUUGAGAUUACUUUAACUCUUUGUCAUAUUUUUCUUGUUCUUUCAACUUGGCUAAUGUAUUGUCAGUCUUUUGUUCGUGUUCAAACAAAUUCUGUUAUAUAUAUUAAAAAAAAAGCCAUAUAAACAAUGAGGCACAAUAAACUUUUUUUUGAAA